AUGCUUUUGUUUCGAUACAUCGAGACCUUGUCCUUUCGACAUGCUCUUAGGGUGCUGGACCGUUGGCCUGAGGAUUCUCCCGUGGGACACUAUGCAGCUGACGUUCUGCGUGAGAUUCCUGCAAACUACUUCCAGCAGCCUAGACUCUUGCCCACCGGGCCACGCUUUGUCUAUGCCAAUGGCGUGCUGGAACUGAAACGCAUUGACGAAGCUUUGCCCAUGCAACAACUUCACCCAGACUCAACCACCGGAUGUGUUGGAACUGCCAUGGAGGAUGUUCUAUCCCCUCCCUUGGAGCAGCGACGUCUCCGUCCUCUUAACUCUUUUAUGAUUUUCCGCAGCUUCUGCGCACCCAUGUUCCCUGGAAUUCCUCAAAAGGUGAAGUCAAUGGCCAUCAGCGAAAUGUGGCAAGACGAUACCUUGAAAUCCCACUGGGCUAUCCUUGCCAAGGCGUACACUGUCAUCAGAGAUCAUUUCGAUGUCGACACUCCUUCACUUUCUAUCUUUGUUGAUCUUUGCCUGCCUUUGAUGGGUUUUCUUUCUCGUCAGCAGUAUCUCGCCUCGUCUGGUUGGAGUGUCCAACCCAAUGGAAACAGCCUCAGCUUGCGCAAGAUUGGCUCGUCAAAUUUGCACAACAUCGUUACUCCUAUGAUUUCUGUGGACCAAGUUGUGCAGCACUGCACAGACAACAACUUUGCCCAGAAACGUGACGAAGAGUGGGACAAGCACAUUCUCGAAGAUGGAGCUGUGUUCGCCGUGGAGCCAUCAUUUUCAGCCACCAUUCCGGAGCCUCAGAACUGGGUACUCGGCGACGUUCCUCAGUGGCCAAUCGAAGAGUUUGAAGUUGAUGAGAUGUACUCUACCCUUGAUUCCGAGCGCGACCACGGCAUUCCUGUCAUUUAUGAUCCAGACAGUAUCCCCUCCUACUCUACUACAAUGGCAAACCUUGAUCUACUUCUUGGGAAUAACUAG